CAGGGAUGUUUUGCUUAUAAAGGCAAGUUAAAGACAGCUAAAGAUGAAGAUUACAUUACCUCUAAGAAUGAGAAACUAAUGAAAAAUCGUCUAAGAAUAUAUAAGCAGCUAUGGGAAGAUGUUCACACACGCAUAGACAUUUUCCGAUCUGAUCUGAAUGCCCAUAUUUUUGAAGACUUGUUACUGUUUGCAAAGUCUUGUCACAGAGAUAGAGAUCUCCUGGACAAAGUGACUAUUAGUGAAAUACCAACUGCUGUUCUGAUUACUGGGGUGAAUACCCCUGACCAUGAAGUCAUGUUUUCAAACUUAGGCAAUAUGUUAAAGUUAAAUGUGACACCACUUGUGGCUCGAAUAUUCACUAGAGACAGUUCUCGUAUCACUACUCUUAUCCGUAGUAUAGUUCUUCAGUUGACAAAUGUUUCUGGUUUUGGGGAUGAUGACACAGAUAGGGAAGACAGUAUUUGCAUUGGAGAUGACAACUUUGAAAAAAUGACCACCUUAAAAAAGAAUAAAGCAGUAACAAUGACAACUCUUGUAAAAUGGUAUGAGAGAAAGUAUUUGUGCAAGAGUACAGAGGGGAUGUCACCUAAAAAGAAAUCAAGACUUACAGGCACUGCAGGGAAAAAGUCAUCAAAGUUAACUAAUGCUGGAGGAAUGGAAAAGGAUGAAACGAUAAAAAAGCCUUUGAUUGUGAUAAUGCUUGAAGAGGCAGAAUGUAUGAAUCCAAAUGUGUUGCAAGAUUUUAUUACGUUGUGCAGCAGCUACCUUUUUGCUUUGCCUAUUGUCUUAGUUUUAGGCAUUGCAACUGCUAUAACAACAGUUCAUCAGUUGCUUCCAAUGUCAGUGUCAUCACUACUCUGCAUGGAGAAAUUCCACGCCCCUCCUGCUUCUCAAUAUCUUUCCCAACUAUUAGACAAAAUUACAAUGAAUACAAACAUACCCUUCAGAUUGGGACCUAAAGUUUUCAAUUUUCUCCUGGAUAUGUUUCUUUAUCAUGAUUUUUCUAUCAUGAAUUUUAUCAUGGGAUAUCAGUACAGUAUGAUGGAGCAUUUUCUUUCAAACCCUUUAAGCAUACUAUGCAGUCCUUCAGAAGACAUUGACAGCACAUUGUCUCAGUUAACUCAUGCUCAGCUUGAAGACCUGCGCAGACAUUCUAAUUUUAUGAGGUAAGUUAAUUGUUAGGUGUCAAUACUGUUUUAACACUUACUACACUGGUGACUUUAUGCAACAUUAUCAAAUUAAGUGCAUGUGGUAUGAGCCCCAUUGUUUUCUUAAUGCUUGAUUUGCUGCUUUUAAUAUAGCUCUGUGUGUGUGACAGAAUUAGCUUGGCAGUUUACAAUACUGCAUUCUUAUCAAUUUUUAAAAGGAUAUGAUUUUAACUAAAUAACAGUAAGGAGUCUAUAAAUAAGCAAAAGCAAUGUAUUUUUUAAACAUUUUUAUUUUAUUUGUAAUAUAAAAAUUUUAUUGCCGAAAAAAAUGUGUAUAAUAAUCAAUCUUGUGGUGCUGUCUAGGGAUAAACAUUUGUUGCCAUUGGCCAAGAAUUGCUUCUUUAUGUAAACAAUAGGUAUCACAGUUGAAUGUUUUGGAAUGCUACGAUUGUAUUAUAUCUAGUCACCUGUGUAGUCAAAAAAUAAUUGCAUUUCUUUUAAUUCAGGUAUGUUGAAGGGAUCUCUGUCCCAGAUCAAGUCAAACUUUUGACUGAUGAUCAAGGUACUAAAAUGAAACUAGCUGAGGAGCUGAAAAUGAUGCAUACUUUUCACAUCACAAUGUUUCCAUCAAUGCGUUUUCUACACUGCCUUGGUCAGAACUUGCCAAAACAUCCUCUUGGCAAACAAAUCAGAGAACUCUACUCUGUAAUCCUCGCUGGUGAUGUUUUGGAGUCAGAAGGAUAUAAACAGACCUUCAGCUUGCUAAGAAUUAUGUGCAGUGAUGACCUACAUGAGCUUCUGGGGUUGUGCUUAUCGACUAUUGCAGAUAAUAAAGAUGUAGAAAUUUUGAGAAGACUGUUUGAAGAUGUAGAGAGGUAUAGAUACAGACUUACACAUUUAGAAGAGGAAAUUGAAAAUGAAGAACCCUCAGGUAAGUCUUGUCGAUGCUGUUAAACCUCUCAAAACUACUUAAAUAUGUUAAUGAUUUAGCUUAUCAAUAAUAAGCCUUUAUUUUGUUGAAUUAUGAUUUGAUCCUAAUUUGUAUUUCAUUUUUUAAAGUUAUUUAUUGGAUGAAUGAUCAUCAGUGGGAUGUUUAAAUACAGUUAUUAGUGUUUUACAUGGUAAUAUAAAAUAAAUUUUAAGAAACAAAUACUAUAAUUUUUUAUUUUUAUUUUUCAGGACAAAAAGAAAACACAGUGAAGAUUCUACCACUAAGAGCUAAAUUACACGAACUGAAGGAGAAAUUGCAAUCAAUGUCUUCAAGCCGUAAAAAGUCCCCAUAUGAGAAGCUGCGAGAAGAGAUUCUCAACUGCCUUGACAACUACUUCAGACAGCUACUUAUUUGUCCAAUGUCAUUUCCAUUUAGUGAUGUCCUUUACUUCAAUGAUUUGAGUGCAAUACGGGAUCAAAUUAAGGCAGUUCCUAGAUGUUCUAUUCAAUGUGCGCUGACACAACCAGGAAAGUACAUGAUGUGUCCCUGUUGUCAGUGCGAUAAAGAAUCCAUUCUACAAACAAUGCCAGACAUUUGUAUUGUUUACAAGCUUCACCUGGAAUGUGGGACACUUGUUAAUCUCUAUGAUUGGCUGCAAGCUUUUAUUGUUAUUGUGACAUCAAACAUGGAAGGUAAAAAAACAAAAAUGCCACUGAAAAUACGAAGUCCUAGUACUGAGCUCAAAGCAAGGUUCAUACGGGCAGUUUCCGAGUUGCAGUUCUUAGGAUUUAUUAAGGCAACUCAACGAAAAACUGAUCAUGUCACCCGCUUGACGUGGUAA